AUGAUGAUCAAUUGGAAGUUCGCUCUUCUCCUCGCACUGCCUGCUGUCCUCGCAGCGCCUGGAAACGUGAAGCGAGUCGGAGCGCCUACAGUGAUCAUUUCACAGCCACAGGCGACAGUCAUCGGUAAAACCGGCCUCCUGGGCGUGGAAAGCUUCAAUGGAAUUCCCUUUGCAAAACCGCCAACUGGUCAGCUUCGUCUGAGACCCCCACAGCCGAUUCAGGCUGCUCUGGGUGUGAUCACGGCUACCAGUCCAGCCAAAGCCUGCCCUCAAUUCUUCCUCUCGACUGAUCAGAGCGAUCUCCCUGUUUCGGUCAUUGGCGAAUUGGCCAACAUCCCACUCUUUCAACAUAUUACUAAUGCUGGCGAGGACUGCCUCACCGUCAGUAUACAGCGGCCCGCUGGGCUCAAGGCCGGCGCUAAUCUGCCGGUUUUGGUAUGGAUCUAUGGUGGUGGUUUUGAGCUUGGAUCAAGUGCCAUGUAUGACGGAACGAGUCUCGUCGCUGCAUCCAUGCAGUUGAAGAUGCCUGUCGUCUUCGUUGCCAUCAAUUAUCGGGUGGGUGGAUUCGGCUUCAUGCCCGGCGCAGAGAUUCUGAAAGAUGGAUCUGCGAACCUGGGUCUUCUCGACCAGCGUCUUGCUCUGCAGUGGGUUGCAGACAACAUCGAGGCAUUUGGUGGAGAUCCAAGUAAAGUGACAAUCUGGGGCGAAUCUGCAGGAUCAAUCUCCGUCCUGGAUCAGAUGGCUCUUUACGACGGCGAUCACACCUACAAUGGCAAGCCUCUGUUCCGAGGUGCCAUCAUGAACUCUGGUAGUAUUGUCCCCGCUGACCGAGUGGAUGGCGUCAAAGGCCAGGCCGUCUACGAUACAGUGGUCAAGUCAGCCGACUGCUCUGGUGCCACGGAUACAUUGGCGUGCUUGCGCAAACUGGACUACACUGCAUUUUUGAAUGCUGCAAAUUCAGUUCCAGGAAUUCUCUCAUACAACUCCGUCGCUUUAUCGUACUUGCCUCGACCAGAUGGAAGCGCGCUCACAGACUCUCCCGAAGUGCUGAUCGCGAAUGGAAAGUACGCGUCCGUCCCAUUUAUCAUUGGCGAUCAGGAAGACGAGGGGACCAUCUUUGCCCUUUUCCAAGCCAACAUCACAACGACUGACCAAGUGGUGGAUUAUCUGAAAAAACUUUUCUUCAAAGAUGCUUCGCGAGCCCAGCUGCAGGAACUGGUGGCUACCUAUCCCGACGUUACAACGGAUGGGUCACCAUUCCGCACCGGUAUCUUGAACAACUGGUAUCCUCAGUACAAGCGUCUCGCAGCCAUACUAGGUGACCUGACUUUCACCAUCACUCGACGGGCAUUCUUGACGCUUGCACGUGAGGCAAAACCCGACGUUCCCGUCUGGUCAUACCUGUCGUCGUACGACUACGGAACACCCAUCUUGGGAACCUUCCAUGGUUCUGAUAUCCUUCAGGUUUUCUACGGCAUCCUGCCAAAUUACGCCUCCAGGUCUUUUCAUUCGUACUAUCUGUCCUUUGUCUAUGAUUUGGAUCCCAAUUCGAGGGCGGCGGGCUUCAUGAAUUGGCCCCAGUGGGCUGAUAAACAGAUGUUGAUGAACUUCUUCAACAAUCGCGGUGCUCUUCUGCCUGAUAGCUUCCGCCAGGACACGUUUGAGUUUAUUUUGAAUAAUGUGGCGUCUUUCCAUAUUUGA